AUGUCCGACUACUCUAUUGAGUUGGCGCCAUCCGAGCUCGGGACGAAAGAACACUGGGAUAAUGUGUACUCAUCAGAGUUGUCAAAUUUUGAAGAAAUCGGCGACGAAGGAGAGAUAUGGUUUGGAGAGGACAGCGUAGAGAAGAUGGUAAAAUGGGCCAUGGGCAACGUGCCGCCUGAAACCGCUCCCUUCGUCCUCGAGGUCGGCGCUGGAAACGGCAAUCUGCUCUUUGCGCUGCGCAAGGCGGGAUAUGCAGCGGAUCGGAUAUGCGGCGUGGAUUAUAGCGAAGACGCAGUUAAGCUCGCUCAAGCAAUCGCCACGUCCAGGGAGCACGCAGAUGAAGCGGACGGCGAUGCGAGGGGUACCGAUGCUAUCCAUUUCGCUGUGUGCGACUUUCUGAGAGAGGACGUUCCCCUGCUGCGCGAUAUGCCAUCCCAGCACGAGGGACCUGCUAUAUGGGAUCUCGUAUUGGACAAAGGGACCUUCGAUGCAAUGGCGCUGGCGGGGAAAGAUCAGAAUGGCAUAUCAUUGGCCGAGAGUUAUCCGACUCGAGUGGAAAGGGUCGUAAAGCCCGGUGGAUUUUUUCUUAUAACCUCCUGCAACUUCACUGAAGAGGAGCUCAAGUCCAAGUUCACAAUCCCGGAGACCAGGUUGCGCUAUCACUCUACGAUAUCGUUUCCAACGUUUUCUUUUGGAGGGAAGAGCGGAAAUGUGUACUCGAGUGUAGCAUUCGAGAAAGCAGAUUGA